GUCGGCCGUAAAUUAUUUACUAAGAGAGUUGGCGUCGAUAGUGAUUACGGGGGUAUUUCUGAUGCCGAAGACAUCACUUCUCUCUAUAAAUUCAAAGAAGGCACUGAAGAGGAACGGAUGGCUGUUCUCAACGCUGCCAAAGGCGCUGGACUGUCUUUUCUAUUUGAGUUGCCGGCGCCGGGAAAAGAGGACUUAGAGUUUGAUUUGCUGGACAUCGAGAAAGUAGUGAUCGGAAACCCGUUUUACAUUCAGGUGGAGAUGACUAACAGAGUGGGCAGUAUUCGGACCGUCACUCUCUCCCUGAGCUGCAACUCCUUCUACUUGACCGGCAUUUUGGCCAAAAAGAUCAAACAGGAGCGACAGAUCGUUGUCCUACAGCCCUAUCAAAAGGAUGUGUUCAGAAUUCGUGUCAAUUCCGACGACUAUAUCGACAAACUGGUGGACUAUUCAAUGAUGAAGAUCUAUGCGAUCGCAACCGUGAAGGAGACUCAACAGACGUGGUCUGAAGAGGACGACUUCACUAUCGAGAAGCCUCAGCUCACUAUCGUUACGCGCGGAGAGAUUGUCGUCGGCCGGGAGUACGGACUCGAGAUACAGCUCACGAAUCCCAUCAAUCGGGUGCUACAGGAGUGCGCCUUUACAGUGGAGGGUCCGGGCAUUACCCGUCCCAUGCAAAUCAAGUUCAGAGACAUACAGCCCGGAGAAUCCAUUCAACACUCGCUAAGAUUUGUGCCCCAAAGACCCGGUCCUCGGACUAUAGUCGUGGUGUUCCACUCCCGACAGCUCAUUGAUGUGGUCGGCACUAAACAAGUGCAGGUCCACGCCUGACCCCUGACCCUCCACUCGCCCGGAGGGGGUAUCACCUCUUUUAGUGACUUAUAAUUAUAAUUUCUAAUUGAGUAAAAUAUUGAAAAGAAUCGGAACAUAAUAUUGCAAAUAAUGGUAUCAAACAAAACGAAACACAUUUUAAUAUAAAGCGAAAUGAAAAAUAAGAAAAACAAACAAAAUCUCAUAAUGACUGCCAUUUAACUAAAUGAUUGGUAACCGACAUAUCUGUUCACAAAAAUAUGGUGGCCGUGGCCUCAAACAGGUCUCAAACAAAAUCACAAUGAAUAUGAAUAAUGCGAUAAUAAACUGCCAAAACUACAUAUUUCAUGAUAUAUUGCAAUAUACAGACAGAAUAUAUACAGUAUUUUACAAUUUAUACAAAUAUUAUUCAAAUACGGCCUUAGGUUUUGUAAAAUGACUACACAUUUAAUGAAUUAUAUAUAUUUCUCUCUCACUUGAAUGUCAUCCGUUAAACAGUUAAUUAUAAUUAUUAUUAUCAUUAAUUUUUUAUUUGCUAUCAAACGCUUAAACUAUAC